UUUCGUAAACAUUGUUUGUACAAGAGCCAAAAUGGCCGCAAUAAUCGUGACGGUCGUGUAGGUGCCCGAUAAAUGCGAAAUAACUUUCUUAAACAGAAGGGGACCGUUAUUCGCGUGAAUAUAUUUCGAAUUGUACAAGUCGCAAGAAAACAACAAACUUCUCUCGAAGCUCAGGAAAGUUUUGCGAGCGUGUGUUGCAAGUCAGAAUGACUGAGGAAACGCACUCCGAGGAUGCUGUGCAAACAGACGCUUCUGUGCCAAGUGAUAACUGUCCUGUACAGAACGAUGCGCAACCCAAUUCUACGGAUCCCGUGAAAACCAAAGAUAAUAAAAAAGAAAAAUGUCGACCUCAGACAAAGGUGGUGAUCAGAAGACUGCCUCCUACAAUGACUCAGGAACAAUUCAUAGAACAAGUCUCUCCACUGCCAGAACACGAUUAUUUUCAUUUUUCAAAGGCUGACAUGUCACUUGGACAAUUUGCUUUUUGCCGUGCAUACAUCAACUUUGUUGAUCAAAAGGAUAUCUUUGUGUUUCAAGAAAAAUUUGAUAAUUAUAUCUUCAUAGAUUCUAAAGGAGUGGAAUAUCCAGCAGUAGUUGAAUUUGCACCUUUCCAAAGAUUACCAAAGAAACGGGUUGGCAAAAAAAAAGAUCUCAAAUGUGGUACUAUUGAAAGUGAUCCGUAUUAUAUGAGUUUCUUAGACAGUUUAAAAAAUCAAGAAGUCGAUUCGAGUACAAUUCAGUCAAAAACUGAAUAUUCCUACCAACCUCCAGAUAAUACAGCAAAAAAAGUUACAACAACUCCUUUACUUGAAUAUCUGAAACUCCGUAAACAAGAGAAACAACGUAUUAAGGAUGAAAAACGUGAGGAGCGACGAAAAAGAGAUAUAGAAAGACGAAGAACAAAAGAUGACGCUGUUAUCUCUAAGUUUUUAAGAAAUCUGGACGUAGAUAAAGAAUCUAGAGACGAUAAAGAAAAUAAAGACGAGAGAGACAAAUUCUUACCGAAGGAUAUGAAGAAUAAAAUCAAAAGAGAUGAAAAAAUGAGAGAAAAAUCAUUGCGAGAUAGAGAAACUAAACCUAUUAUUAAAGGAUAUAGAGUUGAUGAUAGGAAUAAAGAAAGGGAUAUAAAACAACGACGGUACGAUGAGAAAAAAGUUUAUGGAAGACGCGACGAUCGAGAGAUCGUGAGAGAAGAGAGAAGAUUUGAUCUCAAAGAUGACAGAAGAUAUGAGACGAAGGAAGAAUUUAGAGAAACUAAGGACAGAAAGGUGGAAGAACGACGAGGUAAAAGCUACGAGAAAAUGAGACAAGAGAAGAAAAAGUUGGCGGAUAUGAAGAAACAGAUUGUCGACGCUAACGGAGACGAUGCGAGUUCAACGAAAGUAAAAGAGGAAGAACAUGAUAUGAUAGAAAAAGAAGAAGAUAGGAAUAAUAAAGAAUCGGUACUUAACGAAAACGAUUCAAAGUUGUCUGCCAGAGACAACGAUUGCAAACGUGAGAUUGCUGAAGACAGAGUAGCGGACGCAACGCAAACUAUCUAUCCAGACGGUACGGAAGAAGAGAACGGUCCAAUUAAUACAGAUGCAAACAACAAGGAAACAUCCGAAGAAAAAGAACCGAAAGUUGUAAAGAGACGUAAUUCUCUCGAAAGUAGCAGCGAAGGCGGCGCAGGCGACGGUAAUUGUUUGCGACGUCACAAAUCGUUAGACGGAGGAGGCCAGAGCGACCUACAAAAGAAUGAAAAUGAAGAGAAGGAGAAAGAUAAAAAAGAUCCACGACUGGAACGUAGAAUACGAAAUAAGGAUCGUCCAGCGAUGGAGAUUUACAGACCCGGCAUGGGCAAGUUCAGCAAGCAACGGUUAGAACGCGAGAAGUCCAACAACGAUGACCGAGCGUCUCUUUCACAGAGUCCAACGCCGAAUUCCAACACACAAACUAAUAAAUCUGGGAAAAGUGGAACUACGGAAGUGCGCUCGAUGACAUUCAAACGCAGCUUUGCUCGCGAUGCGGCGUAACGAGUUUCCUUUUCAUCACUUCAACAAUCCAUUUAAGAUGGACUCGCGGAGUCGAUAAUGUCCCGGUCGAGUCUUCAAUCUUGCAGUAGAUUUAUUUAAUCAUCACAUGUAUAAAUGUAUAAUUUCACACGUAAUUGUUUAAAUUACUUUGCGUAUAUAUUA